UCUGUGUCUGACUUCACGCCAACUGUGAGUGCUGAGAAAAAACACGAAUGAAGCCACACUUUAACUUUAUAUGAAGAUAUCACCGUGAAUCUCAAUGAAGGCCCAGGAAUGGAUUAUUUUUACUUGUUGCCUCUAUUUCCUGUGCGCAACGGGAGGUGCAUCAGAUACAGAAGAUAAGCUGAUAAAGAAACUCUUUGCGAAAUAUAACUUCAAAGUGCGGCCUUCAAAGACACCCGAGGAAAGGAUCAUUGUUAGGAUUGGCAUGACCCUUUCGGCAUUCGUCAGCCUGAACAUGAAAGAUGAAGAAAUGAACACCAUUGUUAUCAUGAACUUGGAGUGGAAUGAUUAUCGUUUAUUUUGGAACCCGAAAGAUUAUGGUGGAAUUGAUGUGUUGCGUAUACCGUCUGGAAAAGUGUGGCUCCCAGACAUUGUUCUCAUCAACAAUAAUGACGGGGUGUUUGGUGUAGCUCUACAAGUUCACGUUCAGGCCUACAGUAAUGGCCGUGUGACCUGGACUCCACCAGCGCUUUACCGGAGCUCUUGUGGAGUGAAGGUGACAUAUUUUCCAUUUGACUGGCAGAAUUGCACCAUGGUCUUCCACUCAUACACAUACGACUCCUCAGAAGUAGAUCUGCAGCACACCGUUGAUAAGAAGGGAAAUGAAAUCCGAGAGAUCGUCUACGACCAAGGCUUCAGUGAGAGCGGAGAAUGGCACAUCCGUCACAAGGUUUCUAGGAAGAAUGUGCGAGACGACCUGUAUGAGGACAUCACGUUCUACCUGAUCAUCGAGAGAAAGCCCAUGUUUUAUGUGUUUAACAUCGUCCUGCCUUGUAUCCUCAUCACUAUCAUUGCCAUCUUCAACUUCUAUCUGCCACCAGAUGCAGGAGAGAAGAUGGGACUUUCAAUCAAUGUCCUGCUGACUUUAACUGUCUUUCUGCUGCUGCUGGCCAACAAAAUCCCAGAAACAUCUCUGGGUGUUCCCAUCAUUGUCAACUACCUCAUGUUCACUAUGAUCCUGGUCACCUUCUCUGUCAUCCUUAGUGUUGUGGUGCUCAACCUUCACCAUCGCUCACCCAACACACACCAGAUGCCCCUGUGGGUGCGCAAGAUCUUUAUCCACAUGUUGCCUCCGUACCUGGGGCUACUGCGACCUAAAGUGGAGACUCCCCUGUUUCUUGAGAAACCUCUCAAAAAGGAGAACACUCAUGCCAUCAGCCGGCUGGCGGAUGAGUACUUUAUCCGCAAACCAAAUAACACCACCUUCCUCUUCCCCAAACCAAACAGAUACCAGCCAGAGGGUCCGUGCACUGACCUGAAGAAGUUCAUUGAUGGCCCCAGUCAUUACCUCGCUCUUCCUCCGGAGCUGAAAGCAGCAGUGGAGGCCAUCACCUACAUCGCCGAGCAGCUGCAGGCUGAGAAAGAUUAUGAGGCUUUAAAGGAGGACUGGCAAUAUGUUGCCAUGGUGGUUGACCGACUCUUUCUCUGGAUCUUUGUUAUUUUUACCACCGUUGGGACGCUUGGUAUAUUUGCCAAUGCCAGCUUCAAUGCCACACCCACUGAUCCUUUCAUGAGCCUCUAAACCCAAGGGUUGCCUCUCUCACCAUUGACUUUUUACUCCACAAGCAUUGACCUGACAUGUUAUAAAGUAGACUGCUAUAUGUUUAUGGUAUUUAUCUUUAAUAGUGGAAGUGCAGAAAUUCAGCAUACAAUAUUUAGGUUAUCAAUUAAUAGAAACAAAACAGCUUUACAUGUCCAGUGUGAUUUUUUAAUGCGCUGUAAAUACAGUUGAUCUCAAUAUUUUGCCUUUUGAUGAUACGUACAGUAUCUAGAUGUUUUUGCUUUGUAAUGGCUUUAAAUGCUAAUUUCUUCAAGUUAAAAACAUCAUAUUGUUGACAAAACAGCUGUUGUUUCCAAGUAGUUUGGGUAAAAUGUUUUAUGCUAAAGUACAACAUUUCUUAUUCAAAACUAAGUUAAAAAUCAAGCCAUAUAUUCUACACUGUUUCCCUACAUUAAGAGGAAGAAUAAAUUAUAUUAAAUCAUUUGUUUGUGCAAAACUACUUGUAUUGGCGCAUAAUGUGUAAAAUGCUGUUCUGUUAUUUAGUGUGAUGUGUGCUUUUAAAUGUGUGGAGGUUUUUUCGUGUUAUUUCAUGUCAUUUUUUAAUGAAAGUUUUAUUUGUUGAAAAAAUCUUUUAUGUUAUGUUUUAUGUGAUGAAUGAAGAGAAUGUUUCCAGAUAAAGACUAUUUCACAUA